UGUUCAUAAAAAGUAAAAACAGAGCCUGUAACCUAUCGAUGUAUCUAUGAUUUUAUUUCGAGUUUAAUGUAAACGUACACAUUUAUUUGGCGCCAACGUCGUAAAAAACCGUUAAACCCGAUAAAUUCUAUUCUUUUGCGUCAAUCCAAAGUAUUAGUAUCAAAUGUAUUGAUAAAAUUGAUUGCCUUUAACGCAGUGUGAACCAAGUUUUUAGUUACAUGGUGAAGUAAAACUCAAAACUGGUCCAACGGGUGUCGUCAGAUCUGUCAUUCCGACAAAUUAGUUUCCGAGUUGGAGAGAAAACGGAACUAUUCCUUUGGAAUCUGGCUGAUAGUUUCCCAAAUUGUGAUGUUCUAUCAUUCUUUACAGAUUACCACAAUGUUUACGUAUCUCCCUUAAGUGAAAUGAAGAGAUUCGUAGUUUUGUAUCCUUUGUAUCUUGGAAUAUCUUGACCAACCUUGAAAAAUGGGCACAGAGGUGCCAAAAACGCAAGAUUCAAGUGGUGAUUCAGAUUCCAACAGUGACUCUGAGAAUAGCAGCUCAAGUGAAACCUCUGGAAGUGACUGGGAAUGUUCCGGAAGUAAGCAGAGCAGCGCUCGGAAACCACAUUUUUCAGUCACCUCCUGCGAUACGGGCUUAAAGCUCAAAAUAGCCGCAAUUCCCCGGAAGGUGACACCUAAAAAGUCCGCCAAACCAUCAGUGAAGAAGAAAACCAGUGAAGGAACGACAAAGACAACCAAAGAGGUUAAGAAAAAGUUGUCUGAGAGUAGUUCAAGUUCGGAGUCAUGUAGCAAAUGUUCCUCAGACUCUUCAAGUGAAGAUGACCUUCCUUUGAAGACUGUGAAGAAGAAUUUGCCAGCAAAAUGUUCUCCACAAAAGACUACCGUAAAAACCGGGAGAAGUUCCAUCAAAAGUGAUAGCGAUGAAGAACUUUGUAUCGCUAAAGAGAAUUCGAAGUGCAAGGAGUCACCUUGCACUUCGAAGGCUAAUGCCAAUGUGAAGAAGAUCAAAAGUGAUGAUUCCAGUCAUGACACCAGUGCUAAGAGAGGGCCAGUGAGGCAGCGCACUAAGUUUGCAUCCUCGGCGGCAGAAAGCGGCGCGUGUGGUAGCACUUCGUCGUCGACUUCAUCGUCGUCGUCAUCGUCAUCGUCGUCUUCUUCGUCGUCAUCGGACUCGGAUACCGCGGACGCCGCGGGCGGCUCCGCUCAUGCCUCUGCCGAUGAUUCUAGUGCCGCUCUUGCUGCCGCUUGUCAACUACAGGUCAUCGACGAUGCGGACCUUGCGGAACUAUUUCCAGAACAAACAUCGAGCGCGCCGGCGCAACAGCCCAAUUUCUCGACCUUCCCCGUUCAUAACGCGUCGCCGGAGAGCGACAACAAGUCUAUAGCAGACAACGGUGAUGGAUCGAGUAGUGAAAUGGAGCUUCCACCGCAGCUAGUCUCGGCUGCGAUACAAAGAGCUACGGCUGACUCUUCUGGAUCCGAGAAUGAAUGUUCUAACUCAGAUACUGUGCAUCAAAAUGCUUCGCACUACGCGUCAAGUUUGCUGCAACAGUUUGUAGCUAAAACUCAGCUUCUGAGUAGUACUGCUCCUCUUACAUCCAUUAAUUCUGCAGCUGCAUCGUCUUUAAGUUGUGCACUCAAUACAAAUCCAUUAAAUGCAGUUGGUACUAUUAACGACUGUGUUUUGGAUCAAAUAAAUAAUCUGCCAGAUAUCCCACCGAUUGCACCAACUUUUUUGAAUAACACCCAGCAUUUAAGUCCGCAGCAGACAGAAGAGCUCACUCAAAUAAAUAAAGACCUUGAAGAAAUAACGUCUGUAACAGAAGCUGUCGGUUUAUCGAUUCCAAACCCACUGAGCUUAGAAGAUUGUGUAGACAAUAAUGACUUCAUGAACUUAGAUAUAACUUCGGGUGGCUCAGAGCUCGGCAGUGCAAGUGACUUCUUAAAAAGUUCACCAAUAACAGUGGCCAGUGCGGACACAGGCCCCAUCAAUCAAAUAGAUUCUCAAAAACUGGAUACGAUCAGUACAAAUUCUGUUGAAUCUCAAGAAGAUGUUAAAAAUGUCGUCGUUGAAUCUAGAAGAAAGCGUGGAAGACCUCGUAAAGUAAGAAAAGUGGAAGAAUAUGAAAAUAAAAGUACUGAAUCUCAAAAAGAUGCCAAAUCCAGAGUAAACGUAAUAAAUGAUUUUCAUAAUAAUAACGAUCCGCCUAAUGUGUCACCUGACUCUGGUAUCUUGUCAAAUCAUAAUUCGCCUACACAUUCGCCGCUACGACGGCAUGAUAUAGACGAAACUCACAGUAGACAUAGCAGAAAAUCUAUUCAAAAAGAAAACACUGCUGAAAGAAAAAGUGCGAGAUCUAAAUCAAAAACUCGUAGUAGAGCGCACAAUAGAUCAGAUUCGAGUGAUUGUGACUUUUCUAAAAAGCGAAUAGAAAAUGAAUUAAAGCAAAUUAAAACGGAAGCACCUUCUCCAGUUCCACUUAAACAAGAGCAAAAUAAAUUUGACAAGACCAAGAAAAAUGAUCAUAAAUUAGAUAUAGCUGCACUAGAUAGAAUGUUAUAUGCUACCGAUAGAGUACUGUAUCCGCCACGAAAAAAAGUAGGCCGGAAGCCACAAAACAAAGCAAAGAAUACAAAAACAACUAAAACUCUAAGAGACAAAAAUCAGUACGAUUCAGCGGAUAGUGACGAUGACUCAUUACCAUCCAACAGAUCCGUACUGUCUGGAGUUUAUGCGAAGAGAAAAGAAGUUAAUAGUAAACUGGCAACUUUACCUAAGAACAACAAAAAUAAUAAACCAGUUAACAAUUCGUGGAGAGAUCAUCAAAGUGAAAAUGAAGCGGCUGCUGAUGAUCCCCUGGAUCCAACGUGGAAACAAAUAGAUCUAAAUCCAAAAUAUAAAGACAUUCUUUCAGGCUAUAAGAGUGACUACGAGUUUAAACCUUACAAAAGUUGUAGUAGACUCAUAGAGUCUGGCUAUAAAAGCGAUUACGGUUGCCGAUCAGGCUAUAAAAGUGAUUGUUAUCGAUCUGGUUACAAAAGUGAUCAUAAAUCUGGAUACAAAAGCGAUAAAUCUGGAUAUAAAACAGACUACAGUGUAAGGAGCAUGCGGAGACGUAUGAGAAAACUGAAGAAAACAAGAUCAGUAAGAAAUAGAUCUUAUUAUAAAAAUCAAAAACACUUCGUUUCUGAUCAAGAAAUUGUGCUUUUAUCAAACAAAACAUUCAGCAGUCUAACUUUAGGACACAGUUCAAGCGAUUCAGAAUGUGAGACAUAUUUACGAAAAUCUAAUGCUAGUCCAAAGUAUGUCAGUGUUUGCACAAAAUAUCCCUUACCUUCAAAAUAUAACUACGGUUUUACUAAGGCUAAUCAAAAACACGUAUUAAGACUAAAUGCUUCAGAUCCAUUUGCUCCUGGACCAGUAUUUAGCGGUUUACAAAGGCCGGUUACAACAUAUAAUAUCUUUAAAGUAAGUCACAACAACAAUAAUACAUUGCUGAAACCUCCCUCGAAGAACACUUAUGUAGGUAAUUCCUUACCGUCACUUAAACCUAUCUUUACGCAUAAGUUCGGAGUAUCGCCGAUUUGUACUGCAACUGCAACAAAACAGUCCAGCUCAAAAAAAGACAAUUCUGACAGUGUAAGAAACUAUCCGAGAACGCUUUCUCCUAAGAAUCGUAAACAAGUAAAGAAAGACUCGCCGACUACGAAAAAAGAGAGUUCUUCAAAACCAUUACCCAGUAUUUUCGAAAAGGCUAAGAACACCUAUAUUCCGAACAAAUCUUUAUCAAGAAAUGUAUUUUUAAGUUUUAAAAAACCAAACAUAAAACCUACAUAUCAUAUCAAAAAGCAUAGAAGAACAGUUGUGCUCGCACCACCUAAGAUUAAUUUAAAACCUGCUGAGCGACCCUCUCGCAUAACUAUUAAAACAGAAAACAAGCAUCAUAGGCAUAGAAGUAAAAGGCGGCACCGCUCCAGAUCGGUUUCAAAAUGUCGAGAAUCAUAUACUAGUCGAAAUUCUGUCGAUUCCGUUGAUCAAAAAUUUACUCAUGACAUGGACAGUCUUAUAUCGAACUUUAUAAAACUGUGCCAAAUAGCGCCCAAGUUUAUUGUAACCACACAAACUAUAUUACAAAAGCCUGUAGAAAAAGAAAAACCACCAGCUGAACCUGCACCACCUACGAAGGUAAUUAAAAGAGCAUCCAAGAAAAGAAAAACGUCAGAUAUUCAAGAGAGUGCUACGCCAACUUCGAAACGAAGACACAAAAAACAGUUAACUGAAUCUCAAAACAAAGGUGGUAAAGAUACUAAUGAACACAAACUACCUCUAAAAAAGAGGCAUUAUCAUAUUAAUUCGUCUACAAGCAACGCACUAAGUCUUAGCUUGGUCAACGCAGAAUUCGAUGACAAUUUGAAAACUGUUAGCCCUGAAAAAUUUUUAUGUACGGAAACAGAUUGUAUGGGUGAAAUUUCUAAUAAUACCACAGAAGAUUCAUCAAAACAAAAGAAUUUGUCAGAAAAAGCUAAAAAGGAUUCAAAAAAUGUUUGCUCUACUAUACAAGAGGCUAAAAAUCUCAAUAGUGAAUCGUCACCAAAAAUAACAAAGGGAAAUUCAAAUACAGCUGAUAUGUCAACAGUCAAAGAUGAUGACGAUAGUUCAGUUUCACCAAGUUUAGUCAGUAUGCUUGACGAUGAUCUUACUAUUAAAAAGCCUUCACCUGAACAAUCAGAAUUGUCAAAGAAAAUCUACGAAACUUCUGAAAAACUUAAAGCUGUUCAUAAAAUGGUUCAUGAUCUAGAAAAAUGUCUACCGAAAUCAAAGGAAUCUGAAACGAAAACAGAAUCAUCAAAGUUUGAAACACAUCGGAUAUCUUCACCAAGAUCUGAAGCAAAACUAUCACCAGUUCGUAACCCAGCUCCAAUAGCAACACCAAAAAAACGUCACAGAUUAGAAGCAGAAAAAGUUGCACCACAUUCUAGUUUAGAUCUGGUUGUACAAUCUUUGUCAAAAAAGUUGUCAGAGGACAAGUCUGUGAACGUUAACCUUCCUAAGGAUAUAAAUCAAAAUACAACAAAAGAAGAAGCUAAAGAAAGUGAAAAAACUAAUGCCGCCUUAUCUACAGCUCCGACAAACGUUAAUCAAACAACUAUCGAUCCACUCAAGAGCAUGUCUGCUCGGUCUUUAUACAAAAGUUCUAUUCCACCUGCUCAAAAAUCCGAAAUUAUGACUAGAAAAAAGAACAGACUUGAGGGUCUUACUAGCAAUUUAGUAUCAAAAAUAAACCCAAGUGCAGCAACUAAAGUUCUUGAUACACUUUUAAAUAACAACAUACGAAAAUCAAUUGAAUCUCGAAUACUUGAAAAAGAGAAAAAUAGUUCUGAAAGUGUGAAUAAGGUAUCCGACGAAAAGGCUAAAGUCAAAGAAUCUCCACAAAUGAAUACAAGAGCAAGUGUUAUUAAGUCCCCUGUGUCUAAAGGUAAAGUAUUAGAAAAUAAAAAGAAUAAAGUGACGGAACCUGUAGUCGAAACAUCUAUAAUUGUCAAUGUUGAUCAACCGACAGGCAUUUUUGAGCCUUCUGUUGAUCUAGAAGAUCAAAUACCUAAGUCAUCGAUAUGUAUAAGCAACGUUUUAGGAGAUAGCCUUAAAAACAAACAUAAAGCAAAAGGUAACGAUAGCAAGAACUCAAAUUCUUUGUUAGACACUGAAUCCGAUAUACCAUUAGCAUUGAUUUCGGAGACACCUGACCCUAUUAUUAGGCCAAAAAGAGGAGAGUCUAUAGCAUCAGUUUUAUCUGAUAAAAUACAAGAGACCACAAGUGGCCACAACUUGCGUCAAACUAAAAGAACUCUUGCUGGGGAAUCUGAAGAUUCUAAUGAUAAGAAAAAGAAGAAAACCACAAAUAAUUUAAUACGCGAAAGUAAAUUAGUUCUACCUACGAAAGUUAUGCUUCCUAAACUUUCAACGGAAAAAUUGCUCGCGGCUGGUCCAAAUAAAAAGGCAGUCUUACCGAUUCAAACUAAAGAGAUUAAUGAAGCCACUGAUACGAAAACUUCAGAAACAUCUAAAAAGCGUACUAGAAGACGUAAAGCAAUUAACAGAACCGGUUUCCCUAACAUUAAGAAAAAGAAGAAGAAACUAGAACCAAACCUUAAUCUCACCUCCGACAGCCAUUUCACCUCUGAGGAUACUGAUCAUUCUGCAUUUGAAAGAGUGCCGAAAGACGGUGAAGCUAUGAGUAGUUUCUUAGAACGGACCACAAGCAGAAAACCAGAACUGAAGGUUGUAUUGAAUAAAGAUGAUUUACCAAAACAAGGACGGUUAACUGUUGUAGCUUUAGAAAAGUUGCAAGGAAAAGAAAUAUUAACAAAUUCUAAAACUACAACCGUAGAGAAGAGUGCGAAUGAGAAGAAGGUUGGAGGGUCCUCUAUUUUAAGAGCACCUUCUUUACAACUGAAACAGAACAAGAAUGACAAAGAACUUAAAAAUCAUAUUAACAAAUGGGAAGUUCUGAGCGAGACAGACAGUAUCCCCUCUUUGACGAGUUCGCUGAGCAACGAUCCUGAAGACAGCAUUCCUUUGAGUUUACUAAACUUAAAGGCUGACAAGCCUAACAGUCGUUUGGAUAAUUUAGAAAAACUUAAACGUAAGACCCGGGCGAUGUCACCUUCCCAUGAAAUUGAAGAAAUAUUUUCUAAACGGAAAAUAGUUGAAAAGACUACUAAAGUGGGCUUGAGACCCAAAUCAAGUUUGGCAAUCCUAUGUCCAAGUGAUAGAAGAUUUACUAGAAGCUCAGAUAAUACAGCUGAAGAUGGGAAAGUAAAGGUCAAAAAAGUUGAAAACAAAAGACCAGUGCCAGAACCUUCGGAGAAAACAACCAAACCGAUGAGUAUCGUCACCAGAAGAAAAUCCAGAUCGUGCCAAGCUAACAAGAAAGUCAACGAGAUACAUUCCAGUUCUCGGGAGAGUUCAUUGGACACGGUCAUCAGUCGACGGAUCACUUCCAAAUCGCGCGAACCAUCGAUCGACCUUCAAGAUCAUGAUGAAAACGAUCCUUUGCCACUCAAUGAAAAGGAAAUAGAUUUCGAGAAAAGUAUCGACGUGCUAUCUAAGAACAUCAUUUGCAAGAAACGAGUUGCAUCAUCGCGCGACGAAAGUCCAGUCAACGGUGUCGAUGGGCGGGACAAGCCGAUCGUGUCUAAGAAGAAUCCUCGUCUGAGAAAGAAGUUUUUAGUUGCUGGAUUAUUCUCAGACUAUUACAAAGAAGAUCCAAAACCAGAAGGAAAGGGAAAGAACCUGGUCACCCAAACGGAAUUUCCUCCCGGUCUUUUGGGUCCGCCGCCGUACUGCGAACGGUGGGUGCGACGCAGGCUGCAGCACUUCUCCUUGCCUUACGACAUUUGGUGGGAACAACACUACAACCAACCUGUACCAUCUUGGAAUUAUAAGAAAAUACGCACAAAUGUGUACUACGACGUGAAACCAUCCGCUGAAGAGUGUGAGAGUGUUGCAUGCAACUGCAUGCCGUCGUCCAGCUGUAACGAGGACUGCAUCAACAGACUUGUGUACUCGGAGUGCUCGCCACAGCUGUGCCCUUGCGGAGAUAAGUGUAAGAACCAACGCAUCCAACGCCACGAGUGGGCGUCGGGGCUGGAGAAGUUCAUGACCGCCAACAAAGGCUGGGGUGUGCGCACCAAGCAUCAGAUCAGCUCCGGAGACUUCAUACUCGAGUAUGUCGGCGAGGUCGUCUCGGAUAAGGAGUUUAAGGAGCGGAUGGCGACUCGGUACGCUCGCGACACGCAUCAUUACUGUCUGCACCUGGACGGCGGGCUCGUCAUAGACGGACACCGGAUGGGCGGCGACGGCCGCUUCGUCAACCACUCCUGCCGACCCAACUGCGAAAUGCAGAAGUGGACUGCUAAUGGUACAUUCCGAAUGGCGCUCUUCGCACUACGGGACAUUGAACCUGAUGAGGAACUUACGUACGAUUACAACUUCUCACUAUUCAACCCGGCUGUUGGACAGCCCUGCAAGUGCGACUCUGAAGACUGCCGCGGUGUCAUCGGCGGGAAAUCUCAGAGAAUCACCAAACAGCCAGUAAAGACGCAAUCAAGGACCCCGUCCAACGCAUCCAACCAAUCCAACAGCUCCACCGGCAACCAGCCGCGGGUCGGUCGGCCGAGGAAGGCCGUCAAAUGCAACAAGAAGUCCGAACAGCAGAGUGUCAGCGCUUGUGACAUCAAGAAUAUGACCAUACUGAAGUACCAGCAGCAUCUCAACAAGCUGUGGCAGGAGCCUCAAGUGAAACCUCUUACUGCCAAGGAGAGGACCUUGGUCAAAGAACGACAAUGCUUCCUCUUUAGGAAUCUGGAAAACGUACGUCGUAUUCGGGAACGUCUAUCCCUCCCAAUACCUUCUUCCCCACCAACUCCCGCAGCUGCUCCUCCCCCACCACCACUUGUAACCCCCCAACCCCCUAUACCCAGCACCCCUGUGGUAACCAACGUCAACCCCUUGACGCUCCCCGACACAAUGAACCCCCAGGUGUUCCUCAAGAGAUUGCAGACGUUACGCGCUUCCAAGGAAGAAAGUAUCAAGGAGUUGACGCGACUUGAAGACGAUCAGUCCCUUGAUAUCAAAACGCGGUUAGGAAGAGUGUUCAAAGCGCUGUAUAACGCUGUCGUUGCAGUAAAAGAUGACGAGGACAAGCCCGUUUGCUCGCUGCUACUAAAACUAAAACCGAGUCAAAUAAAAGCUGACCCAACCACUGUACCAGAUCUCAACACAAUACAAAGCAAUAUUGACAGCGGAAAAUAUGAGAAUGUGGCGCAGUUUGACUGCGAUAUCAACAGCCUAUUUUCCACCAUCAUACGCGAACAAGGCAAAAUAACGGCUUUGGGGGCGGCUGCAACGCAACUCAGAAAGGUUUACAAUGCCACAAAAUCGGACUUCGCUGAAUAUCUGACCAAAAUACUAGGUCCAAAUGAAUCUUUACCAACUGGUUUCGUACAAAAAUCUAAGUCCGAGGAGGUGAUCCUGUGCAUUUGCGGGCUACACGUGGAAGAAGGCCUCAUGGUGCAGUGCGGCUGCUGCGGCGUGUGGCAGCACGCGCGCUGCGUGCGCCUAAACGCGGACUCCGCGCACGACGACGCGGCGCACCACUGCCACUACUGUACCGCGGAGCAGGUUGACCGCGAAAUACCUCUCGAUGAAUACACGGACGAGGGUCACCAAUUCUAUCUCACCCUGAUGCGUGGAGACCUGCAAGUGCGACAAGGCGACACGGUGUACGUCCUGAGGGAUAUACCCAUUGACGACAAGCGGCCAGAUGUCAGCCAGAAGAACGGCGAUAAGAGCGAAUCUCCCAAAACCAAGCGCGUCGAUAGAAAGAAACUGAAGAUCGCCAAGGGGAGUAAGAGUGAAGAAAGCGUGCAGAAUAAGGAAGGCGAAGUGCGCAAGCAUACGUACCAGACGAUCGGCGAGGUGCCAGUGUCGGAGCUGGACAUAUUCCGCGUGGAGCGGCUAUGGAAGCACAAGGACACGCACGAGCGAUACGUGUACGGGCACCACUACCUGCGCCCGCACGAGACCUUCCACGAGCCUACUAGGAAAUUCUUCCACAAUGAGGUGAUGAGGGUUCCACUAUAUGAAGCAGUCCCUAUAGAACUCGUCAUGUCCCAGUGCUGGGUCAUGGACCUCAAUACUUAUUGCAAGGGUCGUCCAGUGGGCGCAUCAGAGGAGCACGUUUACAUUUGCGAACUACGCGUGGACCGUUCAGCGAGGCUGUUCACACGAGUGUCGCGACCCAAGUACCCGUUGUGUACCAAGCCUUACGCCUUCGACCACUUCCCGUCGAGGCUGAAGCUCACUCGCACUUACGCUCCCCACGAGGUCUCACCCGAGUACCUCAAAGGAAGAGCAGCAAAGAGUGCAGCACCAGCUGAAAAAUCUAAGAACACUCCAGAUACUAAGAAAAAACCCACCACAGCAAACACAGCAGCUGCUGCAGCACCUAAGGCACUCACGCCGGCCGCGCGACGCGAACAACAGAAAGAUCGCGUGAACAACAUCGCGAGACGGCUUCUAGCCAGAGGCGGGCAAAGGGGAGCAGUCGACGCUUCCUACCUUCUCGCACCGAGGACAUCCAGAGUGGCGCGCCGACCUCGUACGAGGCCGUCUUGACCCGCGCGAGCGUGCACCACUUGCCCCUCUUAACAGUGUUGAACAAGCAGAAAACAGUGAACAGUGACACAUUCUGGGUCCUCGAUGUACUGUUCGAGACUGUCUUGAUCCGCACUAGCAUGAACCUCUUACUCUUAACAGUGCUGAACAAGCUGGAAACAGUGAACAGUGACACAUCCUGGUUUCUAUAUGACCCCGUACGAGGCCUUCCUGACCUGCGUGAGUGUGUACCAUUUAUUUGCUUUUCGUAACAGUGCUGAACACGCAAAACCUGAACAGCGAUACAUCCUGGGUCUUCGAUGAACCCGUACGAGGCCGUCCUGACCCGUGCGAGCGUGCACCACUUGCCCCUUUUAAAAGUGAUUAAUAAAGCGGGAACUGAACAGUGAUACAUCUUGGGUCCUUUGUCACCCCGUACGAGACCGUCCUGACCCUACGAGCGUGCACUAUUUGCCCCUCUUAACAACGCUGAUCAAGUGGAAAUUGGUGAACAGUGAAACAUCCUGGGUCCUAGAUGACCCCGUACGAGGCCGGGUUAAAACAGUGAAAAGUGAUACUCAAAAGUGAAAAAAAUGUAACACUUGUAAAUAGUGUUUAUGCACAAUAUCUAUUUAGUGCUAUAAUGCCUAAACACAGGUGGUAAAAGGAACCGGUCGUAGCAUAAACAGUGAAAAAGUAAUCAAUGUGUUUGUACCAUCAAGCAACAUUAAUAAAGCCACUUUUAAGUUACUCAUCCAACACAGAACAUUCUAGUGUUACAACCAAAAAUAAAUUGUUAUGGAAAACACACAGAAAAUAUAAACUAACUACACUGAUUCUAAUUCAAAGACAGAAAAAUAAUCAUUUAAGUAUUUUUUAUGACAUACUCACUAGGCCAAUAUUUUUGCAAAGGGGUAUAGCAAUAUACCUCAUGCUUGGUUUGCUGUUGCUUUUUGGUUUUCAUUCAUCAUAGAUCGAAAUUACGGCUAUACAUAAGCUUAAGUGAUUGUCUAUAUAAUAUUAAACUGUUUUGGUAUUGGCUUAAAUGAAAAAAAAAUUGGAACUAGUGAAGAUUGGUUCUAGGUAUGUAUUAUAGAGACAAAAAUGUCUGUCUGCUGAGACAAUGUAAAUACAUAAUUUUAUUGCAUUAAAUGCAGUUAGCAAGAUCUAGAAAUGUAUUAGUAUGUAUCAUGAAUUUAAGAUUAUUACAUUAGAAAUGAUGCACUCAUUACUUGUAUAUAUUAUGUGGGCUAUAUUAUGUAUAACUUUGUUGUAAUUUGAUUGAAUAAGAAAGCAUUAUUGUAUGCCAGGGUAUUGAAAAUAGAUAGGAAUUUCAUGGAAAAGUAAGGUUAGAAUUUGAUCAAAUUACAAUGAGGUUCAUAAUAAAUAAAAUAAAUAAUGAUUGAGACUUGGUUUGACGCAAUGCGCGACGGCAGCGACACAUGACGGCAUCAGCACGUCAGGACGUCACACUCAAUGCAACAACGCACGCUGCGAGAGUUACUAGAAGCUGUAUUAAGGUGGAUCCAUAUCUGCGCGCGCGCAUGAACCGUGCACAUAACGCGUUUAUCAUGUUUGUAGUCACUCCCAAAAACUCACGAAAAUGUGCACGCCGUAACUUGUACAAAAUACACACCAACUGCUCGCAAACCACUCGUGAAUAUGUCCGCAUAAUAUUUCUUUGCUGCACAUUGUGUGCUUGGUUCGUCCACGUGCGCAGGUGUGGAUCUGGCUUAACAAGGAACUGUAUAAAAGUGAUCACAUUGCGGAGUCACAUACUGCUAUCGUGCUCCGCAGACUUAAGUCUACGUCGCUCUCUCAGGAAACCGUAGCUUGACGUCCAUGAUAAAGUUAAUUGUAUUACGAAUAUCUAGGAGCUGCUGUUAUUACUGCAUCGCUUCUGUCGUGUGUUUUGUGUGACCAGAGACUAAUACAACUAUGUAGCCACUAUGUAUUAUAAAUAUCACAUUCCUGGGCUGUUUAAUGGUUUGAGACAAUAAUAAGGAUCAGCUUGCGAAUAAAACAAGUUGGAUUGAAAGGCGUCUGUAAUACGAAUCUCUUGUAGCUUUUGUACAUAUUUCCAUCAUAACAUAAAUAAUAUUUUUGUAAUAUAGUUAACUAGCUAAGAUUCUUGUUUUUUAUAAACAUAAUAUUACAAUUUAAGGUGUAAGUUUAGGGUAUUUUAAAAUUAAGUUAAACUUAUUAAUUUAUUGUUCCCAACGUGUCGGUAUUUAUAGAAAACAUCACUUUUAUUUGUAAUGAAAUUACAAUUUGUAAUCUCAAUUUAUUUAUAUAAUGUGUUACAAUUAGUAUUCUCUCCUUUUAAUCAUCUAUAUACAUAGGUAAGCUCUUUGUAAUGGUAAAAUUAUUUUUAGCUAUGAAUAUAUUUUUAUAGGCUAAUAUUGUUACUAAUAUUAAAAUAGUGAUUAUAAUGCUGAUCGCGCAUUAGGGACGUGUCGCACGAACCGCACGUGUCGAAAGCUACGCAGUUUUAGGACUGUAAAGGCUAACAACUUCAGCAUACGAAGAAUAAAGCGGCUGUAUGUUUUAAACUUUGUUGGCCUCAAGACAGUGUUGUCGCUGCUUCAACGUGAAGCGUACCGUGUAAUGAGACAAAUGUCACUUCGACGCGCUCAAAGUAGCCUGUCGCUGUGCGUUAAAGGGAGAUAGAUGAGGAGAAGUAUCCACUUGAAAAGCCUCAGUUUGCCUCGAAGCUGCUCAGAGAGGCUAAAAUAGUUACAAAGUUUGUGACUUGUUUGAAAUGAAUUUCAAACGGUGUUGAAGUCAUUCGCAUUUUCAAUAUUAAAAUAUGAGUUGCAUUCGACGAACUCGGCUCUUGCAGCGAGAGCGGUGCGUGCGGCACUCUAAUGUGCGAUCGACAUAAAAAUGUUAGGCUAAUGAAAUUACUAUUUAACGACCACUGGUGCGAACUGAUGUUAAGCAUUGAAAGUUUUAUAGAGGUUAGAUACAGUCAAGUUGUUUGGAGGUUGUUAAUGUAAUAUGUAGUGGUACAUCAUUAAUAUUAUUUCGGAUUUACAAACAUAGUUCGGUAGUUAUUCUUUUACAUUUUUUGUCUGGUCAUUUAUUAAUCUAUGGUUGAGUUAGGCGAUGCACUAUUUUAUAGUCUAUUUUGUGUAAGUGGUUGAAUAAAAUUAAAUAAACCAUAAAGCGAUACAAUCUUAGCAUAACAAUAUAAUAGUUAAAUGCUUUCUUUUAAACUGCUUCGUCAUUUUCAAUUACAUACUUUGAAUAUUAGUUGUUUACUUUUAUUUUAUCUUCUAAGCAAAUAGACUAUAAUCAGGUCUUAUUAUUUGUGCUGAAAAUCUCUCUAUUUUUUAUAUUACGUUUAGUUGUUUAAGUUGUACAUAUUUGUAGUGUGUAAGGUGGUUGGUUGGUUGUUUUAAUUUAAAUCAAGAUUAUAAUAUAUUGUUUAGCCACAGCCACAGUAGAAACCUGGUUAUUUUGACUAAUUGCUAUCGUGUCAUUCAGAUAAAAUCAUAAAGAAUGUGAAAAUUCGAAUGUAAAAAAUGCCUUUUUUAAAGUAUAUCGCACAUCUAUCAUGGACCUUUGUAUCGUAAGAACCGCACUGAACGAAACACAUUUUUCAAAAUUCAAAUUGGUUCAUCUAUAACUAUCGAUUCCACUGAACGCGCGGGGGAAAAAAAUCGUAAUACGUCAUCAGUACGGGGAAGAUUUUUUAGGUGCGUUCAGUACGUUUGAUACAUAGAGACGACGUUAUUUGAAUGCUCGGUUUAGUUAGCAAGUUGGUAACUUUAAUUUUGUUUUACAAAAAUUGGAGACUAUUUCAUGAACAAAAUUAAAAAAUAAAUUUAUGGUCGAGAAUUUCUUAAAAUAUCAUGUCUUUCGUAAUAAAAUUAACAUCUUAAUUCAGAUUUCUACUGUGUGUGGCACUUAAUUAAGUUGCUGUGCUGUAUGCCUCACGCAUGCUAUUCUGAUUCUAUAGCCUUGCUAUUGUGAUUUACGCAGAACAAAUUGUUUUUGUUUCUAAUUUAUUUGUAUGAUACAAGUUAGGGUUAUUGUUUCUUCACUAUUUUAUGCAAUCGGUCUAAUUUAAUAAUGUCAGUAGCGUAAGUAUACGAUUUUACAUCUUACUAACGUUGAUAGAAUUUGAGUGUUGAAACACUAGCCAGAGCUCUAAGGGAAACCCUGCGAAAUUACAAUCGUUAGUACUAAAUUUUAAAGGUGGUACUGGCUUUAAAGCAACGCUUGGAUUCGAUCAAUAUUUGUGAGAUGUAAAAUCUAAUACUUAGCCCCCAAUGAGGGUAUCUUUGUGUUUGAAGUUUGAACACGACACAUGCGCCAGUCAAAUAAGUAUUAUUAUUAAAUUAGAUCAAUUGGUAGCCAUUUGAUGAACGAAUGCAUUCUUUAAAUUAUCGAUUUUUUAAAAAUUGUACCUAUUUAUUGAAAACAAAAAUAUGAGCACAAUUUUAAUCUUGCAGUACAUUUGUUGAAUAAGGUCUUUGCUUUACUACUUAUUUAUUUAUAUGAGCAUACAUUAAGUGAUCUUACUAGCUUAACUGAUCCCAAAAUCCAGUGUGAAAGAACUAUUAUAUACCUAAAGUUUAUAUUAAUUGUGUCUAUGUUUAAAAAAAUAUAAGAACGCCUCUAAUAAAAUUUUCCUUUCUUAGGGCAGAUUUCCACUAAAACUAACUUUAAUAACAAAACUGAGGUCCAUCGUGCAAUUUUAGAAACAUACGAUUGGGAUGAUGCCUAUGUCAAAAAUAAAUUAUUUCUUAUGAAUUAUUAAAUAGAGGGUCUUCCAAAAUUCGUAAAAUCCACGACCACUGUUAGUUUGCUAACCAUUUUAUUAUCGAUUUAACUAAAAAAGUUCCUACGUCAAACGUUUAUUGCGUCACAUCAUGUAUGGCAUACAAUGGGCAUACAAGUUCCCUAAGUAAGCGAGCGUUUUGACGUUUGAUAAAAAGACGAUGAUUUGACUAGUAGUCACCAUCCCUAGUUGAACAGUUAGAAAAGUUUUGUGUGUUUUAGUGGGGAUCCAGCUUAAAGUACAUCAUAGAGCAGUUUUAGACAAUUCAUAGUAAAUAUUGUUGAUUAUUACUAUUUUUAAAGUAUUAAUGAUAUAAAAGAUUUAAGUAUUUGUACGUUCACUCUAUAAUUUCCAAUGCACAAAUAAUGCACCUAUGCAAAUUGUAGAUAGUAUUAAUAAACACAAAACUCAUAAUAGUAUGCUAAGUUUUUGGCAAUGUGGGACGUAGACACAAUAUAACUUUUCAAAAUAAGUACAUUUUUUUACAAUUAUUUUAAUACCUUUAUAAUAUUAAGUAAAUUGGGUUUUUUUAAAAAUACUCUUAAAUAAUAGUAUUUUUUUUAAAGUUGAUUUAUCUCACGCAGUUUUAUAUGUAUUAUGUAUUUUAAUAAUAUUAUUUUUGGUACCCAAUUUUUUUAAUCUUUGUCUCUUGUCUCGUCCGCACAUUGUCAUAUCAUUACAACUUCGAGAUAUUUCUUCAUAUAAAUGUUACACCACAGAAUUCCAUUUAUGUACUUAAUUAUAUAGUAAACAAAUAGUUUUCAAUAGUCAAUAAUGUAAUAGGUGUAGAUUUAGAUAAUUUUAUCGCUUUUCUUUCCCGUGUUUACUUGACAAAGUUGGCACAAUACAUUAAAAUCAAUUUUGGGAUCAAAAUUAUAUCAUCUGUUAUGCGAUUGGCGAUCAAAAUUUAACAUCGGUCUUAUCCACUUGAAUAUAAUAUUUUUUUGUACUACAAGACAGAAUCUGAGCUGGUCUCAAGAAUGUCUGUUUAAUAUAAUUGCAAACAAAAUUGGAAAGCAUCUUAAGGGUUGGACUAGAGAUAAAAUAUAGAAUCCUUUGUUCGGUCACUUCCCUUCGAUUCCUUCUUCGACGUUACCAACACAAUGACUGGCAAACAUUUUGAGUAACAAGCAGCGUGAGGGAAAGUUAGCCAAGCGCGGGAGGAAAAAGUGCGGUAGACAUCCCCUAGUGCCCCGUUCGGUCCGUCAAAGGGCUAAAAAUCGACUAUUGCGCAUUUUCAAGAUGCGUAAAGUUUCCCCCAUGUGGAAUUCCACUAAUUUGACUCUUGCGCCGAUCAUUGCUAUCAGUAACUCCGCCUGUUUAUAUUAUAACUUUUAAAUUAGAUAUGAAUCAUCUUAGGUAUGAUACAAAUUUUAGACUUAUGUUGCUCCGAAAAAUUUUUGGAUAUAAAAAGAUUUUUUUUAAAAGCAUAAUUUUUACUACCAUGGAUUUUUAGUUUGGCCCUUUUAUAUUUUUAUUAUUUAUUAAAUCGAAGUCAAAGCUAUUUACUAUGAAAUACGAAAUGGUCAAGUGGAUGAAGACAGGUGAUAUUUUAUACAUUUCAUCUGUUAUGAUAACUUUAUUAUAUUGAGCAGCUUUACUAUUUAUAUGUAGAUUUUUGUUUUAAGAUGCCAUUUGUUGUAACUUAUGUUUUAUUAAUAAAUUAAAUUUGAUCAAAA